AUAAAAACAGAACAGAGAGGUUUGCAAUCGUUACCCGUCGAUAGAAAAGAGGUGGCUGUGACGAUACUACGUCUUCCUUGAUUGUAAGUGAAUGCAUCCAUUUUCCUGUUCUAGAAUGAGCCUUGCCAGGCAGCUCAGACUCUGCUGCAGGUUACCUUUCCGAAGAAGUUUUUCUACGUCACAGUAUACACCGAUGGCGUCUCGACAUGGUAACACCAAGAGGAUCCAAGGAUUGGACAAGAAUGUUUGGGUGGCGUUUACAUCGUUGGCGGCGGAUCCUUCAGUAGUCAACCUGGGUCAAGGCUUCCCAGAUAUUUCACUGCCACCAUACGUUAAGGAUGCUUUGGUGCAGGCAGUGUCGGUGGACAAAAUGAACCAGUACACCCGAGGCUUUGGGCACCCCACAUUGGUGAAGGCGCUCUCUCAGGUUUACGGCAAAGUUUACGGGCGUCCCGUUGACCCUAUCAAGGAAGUCCUGGUAACGGUGGGCGGCUACGGUUCCUUGUUCAGCACCAUACAGGCUCUGGUGGAGGAGGGUGAUGAGGUCAUCAUCAUAGAACCCUUCUUUGACUGCUACGUUCCCAUGGUCCGCAUGGCGGGGGGUAAACCUGUGCUCAUACCUCUUCGACCUAAAUCUGGGCAGAAAACCACCUCCAGCGCUGACUGGUUCCUGGACCCAGAGGAGCUGGCCAGUAAAUUCAACUCCAAGACCAAGGCCAUCCUCAUCAACACCCCCCACAACCCUAUCGGAAAGGUCUUCACCAAAGAUGAGCUGCAGAUGAUCGCCGACUUGUGCGUCAAGCACGACACGCUGUGCUUCAGUGACGAGGUCUAUGAGUGGAUGGUCUAUCGUGGACACCAGCACCAUAAAAUUGCCACUUUCCCAGGAAUGUGGGAUCGAACCAUCACCAUCGGCAGCGCGGGAAAGACCUUCAGUGUCACCGGAUGGAAACUCGGUUGGUCCAUUGGACCCGAGCACCUGAUCCGCCAUCUUCAGACCGUCAUGCAAAACACGCUGUACACCUGCCCGACGCCACUACAGGAGGCUGUGGCGCAAGGUUUACUCCUCAACUAUGAGCUGAUGGGUCAGCCGGAGUGCUACUUCACGUCGCUGGCCGAGGAGCUCGAGGGGAAGCGGGACCGCCUGGCCGACAUCUUGAGGGAGGCUGGACUGUCCCCCAUCAUCCCCGAGGGGGGUUACUUCAUGUUGGCUGACGUCUCCGCGCUAAAUUUGGACCUGUCUCACAUGGCCAGCGACGAAGCCUACGAUUACAAAUUUGUCAAGUGGAUGAUUAAAGAAAAGAAACUGGCUGCCAUUCCUGUCACUGCAUUUGUUGGGGAAGAAUCCACCAAGGCCUUUGAGAAAUAUAUUCGUCUUUGCUUCAUCAAGAGAGAUGAAACUCUGGACGCGGCAGAACUCAUCCUGAAGAAUUGGAAUUUGUCUGGAAGCAACAGCUGAAGAUUUUUUUUAUUUUUUAUAUUUUAACCCUGCAGGGGUCAUAAAACAUCUUUCUGUUUAGCUAUUGGAAACCACUGGAGUGCCUCAAGCUUUGGUUCUUUGCCCUAUCAUAUUUUGCAACUGUGCUGCUUCCUCUUUGCCUAGUUAUAGUAAAAAUAAUGAAUUCUAAUGUUGUCAUAUUCCUAAAACAAAGAAAUACUUGAAUUACUGAUAUAGUAAAUGAACUUUUCUAUGUUAGGGUAUUAUAGAGAUGUGCAUACUUUAUCUGAAAUGUCAUUUUCAAACAGUCCAGUACAUUAAGUUUUACGUACUGUCCGUUACAUCAAUCGAGUAUUUAGUUUGCGGUGUCCCAAUAAGUCAAAAGAACAUUCAAUCACG